AUGUUCUUCGCGUUCGUAGCCACCGCAGCCCUCUCGCCGCAGCCGCCACCUUCCCGCGCCGGACGGCGCGAGGUGCUGUUCGCCGUGGCCGCCGGCUCACUUGCCGCGCCGUCUGCUCUGCUUUCCGCCCCGCGCCAGGCCCGUGCCUCCUAUGCGAUGUACCAAGCGUCUCAGAAGAGCUUCGACGAGCGCAAGGCGGACAAGAACUGGAAGCCCGUGGCCACCUCUGAUCGCGACUCGCUCGCCCAGAUCCAGCGCGACAUUGCAAAGAAGCGCCCGCGCUCCGAGCUGCAGAUGAAGAAGCCGCCGCAGUACUGCGCGGGCCAAAUGCACGGGGCCGUCGUUUGCUGCUCCGGCGUGUGGAAUGUGGAGUCAGCAUGGGAAGACAAGGACGCACCGUUGAAGUGCAGCUGCUGGUGCUGCUGUUUUCGCCAAAAAAUAUCGCGUUCGGCGCGGGUUCGGGCGGGGAAGGGGGUCCGCGAGAUCCUCCGGAAGGCGGCGGACGUGCUACAGAACAAGCUCUGA